CCCCAGAGGCCAGCUCUUCCUGGUCGCGAGCCAAGAGCCGGGAGGCCGCCGCGGAGGGCGGGGAGGAGGGAGCCUGUCUUCCCAGGAGCCGAUUGCAAGCAGGGACUGCGAGCAGACUGGAGAGUGGAACUAAGGGACGAGAGGGUGGAGCGGAGUGCGUGGCGGGCGGGUCCCCCAAAGCUCCAGGAGUCGCCUCGAAGCCCGCGCGCGCGCGCUUGCCUCCCGCGCGCCGACCUGGGCUGAACUAACCAGCUCUGCUUUGGAGAAGGGGCUGGAGCCCCGCCACCGGCGCCUUGGGGCAACGGCCGUCGAGCAGCUGGUGCUGGCCGCCCGAGCCGGGAGGGCGACUCUCGCCGGGCGGGGAUGGUGGACGAGCCGGCGGGGACUCGCCUGUGCGCCGCCGUCACUCGGCCGGGCGCUGCCCGCCAGGGGGCGACGCCACGCGGGGUCCGCAGCCGGCGACCCGCAGCGAAGAGGCGGCGGGGGCCUUAGGGGAGCCAGCCGGGCCCCCAGGGAACUCCUCCGGCCCCCAGAGGCUCCCGAGUCCACCUUCCGAGGAGUUGGGAAACGAGCGCCCCACGUUUGCUAUGUUGCCCUUUGGAGACAAAACGAGAGAAAUGGUCAACGCGUGGUUUUCGGAGAGAGUUCACACCAUCCCCUCAUGCAAGGAAGGCACCCGAGGAGCCCACAGCGGGUCUUGCUCCUGCCCUUUGCAGCAGAGUCCUCAUGCAGAGAACACUACCCCUGCUGCAGCACCAGCCAGAAAAAUCUCUGCCUCGGAAUUUGACCGGCCUCUUAGACCAAUUGUUGUCAAGGAUUCCGAGGGAACUGUGAGCUUUCUCUCCGACUCAGGAAAAAAGGAACAGAUGCCACUAACCCCCCCAAGAUUUGAUAGUGAUGAAGGGGACCAGUGCUCCAGACUCUUAGAAUUAGUGAAAGAUAUUUCCAGUCACUUGGACGUCACAGCCUUAUGUCACAAAAUUUUCUUGCAUAUCCACGGCCUCAUCUCUGCCGAUCGCUAUUCCCUCUUCCUUGUCUGUGAGGACAGCUCCAAAGACAAAUUUCUGGUCAGCCGCCUCUUUGAUGUCGCUGAAGGUUCCACCCUGGAGGAAGCUUCCAAUAACUGUAUCCGUCUGGAGUGGAACAAAGGCAUUGUGGGACAUGUGGCAGCUUUUGGUGAGCCCUUGAAUAUCAAAGAUGCCUAUGAGGAUCCUCGGUUCAAUGCAGAAGUUGACCAAAUUACAGGGUACAGGACACAAAGUAUUCUUUGUAUGCCAAUUAAGAACCACAGAGAAGAGGUUGUUGGUGUGGCCCAGGCCAUCAACAAGAAGUCAGGAAAUGGUGGGACGUUCACUGAAAAGGAUGAAAAGGACUUCGCUGCCUACUUGGCAUUUUGUGGUAUUGUCCUGCACAAUGCUCAGCUCUAUGAAACGUCACUGCUGGAGAACAAAAGAAAUCAGGUAUUGCUCGACCUUGCUAGCUUAAUUUUCGAAGAGCAGCAGUCAUUAGAAGUAAUUCUGCAGAAAAUAGCUGCCACUAUUAUCUCCUUCAUGCAGGUGCAGAAGUGCACCAUAUUCAUUGUGGAUGAAGACUGCUCUGAUUCCUUCUCUAGUGUGUUCCACAUGGAGUGUGAGGAAUUAGGAAAAUCAGCUGACACUUUAACAAGGGAGCACGAUGCAAACAAAAUCAAUUACAUGUAUGCUCAGUAUGUCAAAAACACGAUGGAGCCACUUAAUAUCCCUGAUGUCACUAAGGACAAAAGAUUUCCCUGGACAAAUGAAAACACGGGCAGAGUAAACACACACCACACUGGAAGUUUGCUUUGCACACCUAUAAAAAACGGGAAGAAGAACAAAGUCAUAGGGGUUUGCCAACUUGUUAAUAAGAUGGAGGAGAACACUGGCAAGAUUAAACCUUUCAACCAAAACGAUGAGCAGUUUCUGGAAGCUUUUGUUAUCUUCUGUGGCUUGGGGAUCCAGAACACACAGAUGUAUGAGGCGGUGGAGAGAGCCAUGGCCAAGCAAAUGGUGACAUUGGAGGUCCUGUCCUAUCAUGCGUCAGCAGCUGAGGAAGAAACGAGAGAGCUCCAGGCUUUAGCGGCUGCUGUGGUACCAUCUGCCCAAACCCUUAAAAUUACCGACUUCAGCUUCAGUGACUUUGAGCUGUCUGAUCUGGAAACAGCACUGUGUACAAUUCGGAUGUUCACCGACCUCAACCUUGUGCAGAACUUCCAGAUGAAACAUGAGGUUCUUUGCAGAUGGAUCUUAAGUGUCAAGAAGAAUUAUCGGAAGAACGUUGCCUAUCACAAUUGGAGGCAUGCCUUUAACACGGCACAGUGCAUGUUUGCUGCCCUGAAAUCAGGCAAGAUUCAGAACAAGUUGACGGAUCUAGAGACACUUGCAUUGCUGAUUGCUGCUUUAAGUCAUGACUUGGAUCAUCGUGGUGUGAACAACUCAUACAUACAGCGGAGUGAACACCCACUGGCCCAGCUGUACUGCCACUCCAUCAUGGAACACCAUCAUUUUGAUCAGUGUUUGAUGAUCCUAAACAGCCCAGGCAACCAGAUUCUCAGUGGCCUCUCCAUUGAAGAAUAUAAGACCACACUGAAAAUAAUCAAGCAAGCCAUUUUAGCUACAGACCUAGCACUGUACAUUAAGAGACGGGGAGAAUUUUUUGAACUUAUAAGAAAAAAUCAAUUCAGCUUUGAAGAUCCUCUUCAAAAGGAGUUAUUUCUAGCAAUGCUGAUGACUGCCUGUGAUCUCUCUGCCAUUACGAAGCCUUGGCCUAUUCAACAACGGAUAGCAGAACUCGUGGCAGCUGAGUUCUUCGAUCAAGGAGACAGAGAGAGAAAAGAACUCAACAUUGAGCCUGCUGAUCUAAUGAACAGAGAGAAGAAAAAUAAAAUCCCAAGUAUGCAAGUUGGGUUCAUAGAUGCCAUCUGCUUGCAGCUGUAUGAGGUAUUUACAGAGACGAUACUAGAUUGCUAAACUUGGAUUGUGUUAUGAAUUAAAUAUGAAGUACAUUGAAGAG